AUGACUGCUUUCAACCCCCUUACUGCUAUUCUAACUCAAAACAAACUUGAGGGUCCGAAUUAUGUUGAUUGGAAACGAAACUUGGAUAUUGUCCUAAUUGCUGAAGAGUUCAAAUUUGUGCUUGAUGAGGUGUGUCCAGAAAAACCUAUAGAAGAUGUUACGGAUGAUGGACAGAAAACUUACCAAAAUGGGUUAAGGCUGAUGAGAUGGCGUGGUGUUACAUUCUGGCAUCUAUGUCGAAUGUUCUGCAACAUCAACAUCAGUUCAUCAGUUAGGGACUAUGUUCUGAAGAUGAUGAGUCUUCUGAGUGAACUGGAGGUCUUUGGAGCUAACAUUGAUAAGGAUACAGGUUGA